AUGCAGCUAGGCUUGCGACCUGCGGCCCUUGCGGCCCCAACACGGCGCCAGCGCGCAGCAACGCGCCCCCAGCCGGUCGCGUGGCCGCUACGCUGCUCCGCCGCCCGCAACGCCGACGCUGCAUGGCGCGCGGCCGGCUCCACAGCAGCGGCUCGAGGCAUGGCAGGCGUAACCGCUGACCUCUCUGCCCAAUUGAAGGACUAUGAUGGAAAGUAUGGCAACGGGGAGGCAUCCCCAAUCCCUGAGAGCCUCCUUGCCGCCCUGGAGCCCUCGGAGCGCUCCUCAGUGCAGCUCUUCCACCGCUCCAGCCCCAGCGUGGUCAACAUAUCAACCAGCACUGACGUGGCGCGGCUGUUCCCCCUGAACAUGAUGCAGGCGAGGCGCCGCGCGCGUGCACGCCUGCCCAGGGGUGUUGGCUCUGGUUUCAUCUGGGACAAGAAGGGCCACGUGGUGACAAACGCUCACGUUAUCAGCUCCGCGACAGACGUGAAGGUCACCCUGUUUGACCAGUCAACAUACCGCGCCAAGGUUAUUGGCCGUGACAGGGAGAAGGACGUUGCGGUGCUGCAGCUGCUGGACGUGCCGCGCGCCAAGGCGGCCCUGCUGCGUCCUGUCGCGCUGGGCAGCAGCAGCGACCUGCUGGUCGGACAGAAGGUCUACGCCAUCGGCAACCCCUUUGGCCUGGACCAGUCGAUGUCGUCAGGCAUAGUGUCGGGCCUGGGCCGUGAGCUGCCCACGUCGCCCACAGGGGUGCCCAUCACCAACGUCAUCCAGACGGACGCGGCCGUGAACCCCGGCAACUCGGGUGCGCUGCGCGCCCCCCGCGCCUGCCCCUAG